UUCUCGAAUUCUCGUGUUUCUCGUUUCUGUUGCGCACGCGCAGAGAACAGAGCAGAGAAAGCGCGGGAUUUAUGUGGAGUUGCUGAAGUCAGAAACUAACAGCCUAAUUCUCCUUGCAUCUUAUCUUGACUAAACCGUAUUUUUUUUUUCGGAGUUCUUGUUAAUUGUCAAAAUGAGCAAAAGGCCACCCUUUGCGUCAAAACAGCCACCGAAAAAAGGAAAAUUCUCAAAUAACGAUGAUGAGCCAUCAACAUUUGUAUCGGAGUUGGCUGAGAUGGGUGAUUUCGAUGAGGAGUUCACUUGUGAAAACCCUGAAAUUUUUGGUGAAGGUCCAGAACAAGAAAAUACAUCCUCAAAGUGGAGUCGACCUCCACCUCCAAAUUUGGACCCAUUAAAAGACACAUUGGCUUUCCAACAAAUCGAAGUAGAUCAUUACACAGACAAACCUUUACCUGGCAUGCCGGGAAGUAGGAUUGGCCCGGUUCCUGUUAUGAGGAUGUAUGGUGUGACAGAAGGAGGCAAUUCUGUUUGUUGUCAUGUCCAUGGUUUUAGUCCUUACUUCUUUGUGUCUGCUCAUCCAUUGUUUAAAAAUUCUCACUGUAAACCAUUCAAGGAAGCUCUGAAUAACGCUGUAAAAAAAGACAUCAAAAACAACAGUGAAAACGUUCAAGAUUUCAUAUUGGCUGUUGAAAUAGUCGAGCGUCAAUCAGUAUUUGGUUACACUGGAGAAAAGAAGUCACUCUUUUUAAAAAUAACUGUUGCUUUACCUCGAUUAAUUGCCCCUUGCAAAAGAAUAUUAGAAAAUGAAGUUGUUUUUCCAACUCUUGACCACAAAUACACUGCCUAUGAGAGUAAUAUCGAUUUUGACAUUAGAUUUAUGGCUGACACGCACAUGCUUGGCUGCUCAUGGAUAGAGUUACAGCCAAAAAAAUGGAAGUUGAGAGGAAAACAUGGCCACAAUUUGCCGCUCAUCACCAGAUGCCAAUUGGAAGUUGACGUAGCUUGGGACCAAUUCAUAGCUCAUGCUCCUGAAGGAGAAUGGUCCAAAGUUGCACCGUUUAGGAUUCUCAGUUUUGACAUUGAGUGCGCCGGUCGCAAAGGUAUUUUUCCCGAGCCAAAUCACGACCCAGUUAUUCAGAUUGCCAAUAUGGUGAUCAAUCAAGGAGACAGUGAGCCAUUUUUGCGAAAUAUUUUUACUCUUGACACAUGCGCUCCAAUCGUUGGAUCUCAGGUUUUGAGUUUUCAAAAAGAAAGUCAGAUGCUGGAGAAAUGGGCCGAUUUUAUCCGACAAUUAGAUCCCGACAUAUUCACAGGAUACAACAUCAACAAUUUCGAUUUUCCAUAUUUGAUAAACCGAGCACAACAUCUGAACGUCAGAGAUUUUAGUUAUUUGGGUAGAAUAAAAAAUAUCAAAUCAGUGAUUAAAAAUCAAGUACUGCAAAGUAAACAAAUGGGGAGGAGAGAAAAUAAAUUUGUUAAUUUUGAAGGUCGCGUACCGUUUGAUCUGCUCUUGGUUUUAGUGAGAGAUUACAAACUUCGAUCUUAUACCCUGAACGCUGUGAGUUACCAUUUUCUUCAAGAACAAAAAGAAGAUGUUCAUCACAGUAUUAUCACCGAUUUACAAAACGGAAACGCUCAAACCAGAAGGCGUUUAGCUGUAUAUUGCUUAAAGGAUGCUUAUCUGCCUCUCAGACUGCUAGAUAAGCUCAUGUGUAUUAUUAUUUACAUGGAAAUGGCAAGAGUCACAGGUGUAUCUCUUUCGAGUCUUCUAACGAGAGGUCAACAAAUCAAAGUUGUGUCACAGUUAUUAAGAAAGACAAUUGAGAGAGGAUAUUUAAUACCAGUCCAUCAUGGCCAUGGCUCGGAAGAACAAUUUGAAGGAGCUACCGUAAUCGAACCGCUUCGUGGAUAUUACAACGAUCCGAUCGCAACACUCGAUUUCAGCUCCCUAUAUCCAAGUAUUAUUAUGGCUCAUAACAUUUGUUACACAACUCUGUUGAAUACAGCGGUAGUCAAUCAAUUUGGUGUUUCCAACGAUGAUAUUACCAAGACUCCGUCCAAUUCCCUCUUUAUUAAGAGCAACGUGAGAAAGGGAAUACUGCCCGAAAUCUUAGAGCACUUGCUUUCUGCCAGAAAAGCUGCAAAAGCAGAAUUAAAAAAAGAAACCGAUCCGUUGAAACAAAAAGUACUAGAUGGUCGACAGUACGCUCUCAAAGUGUCGGCCAAUUCUGUAUAUGGUUUCACUGGCGCGCAGCAAGGAAAAUUACCGUGCCUAGAAAUAUCUGGCAGUGUAACUGCCUAUGGUCGUACUAUGAUUGAAAGAACAAAGCAAGAAGUGGAAUCACAUUACCGUAAAGAAAAUGGAUAUGAACAUGACGCCAUUGUUAUCUAUGGUGACACUGAUUCAGUGAUGGUAAAAUUUGGAGUCAAAGAAAUUGAAAAGGCCAUGGAACUUGGAAGGGAAGCUGCCGAAUACGUGACCUCGAAAUUCAUCAAGCCCAUUAAAUUAGAAUUCGAGAAGGUAUAUUUUCCAUAUCUUCUUAUUAAUAAAAAACGAUACGCCGGUUUGUACUUCACGAGGCCGGACAAAUAUGAUAAGAUGGACUGCAAAGGUUUAGAAACUGUACGAAGAGAUAACUGUCCCUUGGUAGCCAACAUGAUGAACACAUGUCUUCAAAAAUUACUUAUAGAUAGAAAUCCCGAAGACGCUACGGACUACGCAAAGCAAAUAAUCAGCGAUUUGUUGUGCAACCGAAUUGACAUUUCUCAAUUAGUCGUUACCAAAGAAUUGACAAAAACCGAUUACACUGCAAAACAAGCUCACGUAGAGUUAGCAGCUAAAAUGAAGAAACGAGAUCCGGGUAAUGCACCUAAAUUAGGAGAUCGUAUACCUUACGUAUUUAUUAAUGGGCCCAAAGGAGUGCCUGCUUAUCAAAAGGCCGAAGAUCCAAUUUACGUGUUGGAAAAUAACAUACCCAUAGAUACAAAUUAUUAUCUGGAGAAUCAGCUAUCCAAGCCACUCGUUCGAAUUUUCGAACCUAUUCUUGGUGACAAAGCGGAAUCAUUAUUACUAAAAGGAGAACACACGCGAACAAAAUCAAUUGCCACUUCCAAAGUGGGCGCCUUGGUGGCCUUUACGCGCAAAAAAGAAUUGUGUUUAGGGUGUAAGGCUGUGUUAACGGCAGACCGAGAGGAAAAAGCGCUCUGUCAGUAUUGUGAACAGAAAGAAUCUGAGAUCAUUCAAAAUGAAAUUUACAGUAUGAGAAAAUUAGAAGAAAAGUUUUGCAGACUGUGGACAGAGUGCCAAAGAUGCCAGGGAAGUCUUCAUCAAGAAGUUAUUUGCUCAAGCCGAGACUGUCCCAUUUUCUACAUGAGGAAAAAAGUCCAGCUGGAUUUGGACGCCCAAUCAAAACGAGUUGACAAGUUUGGUAUUCCGAAAUGGUAGAUUUGCCAUUUUUUUGGCAAUCUAACUUAUUAAAUUAAUUUUAACUUUCAUCAUUCGGAUCUAUUUAUCUAAGCGUUAUUCACUAACAAUCAAUCAUAAUUUAAUUUAACUGAUUUUUCGCGAUGGAUAAUUUGUUAAUAAUGGAAACAUUAAAUGUUGUACAUAUUAUUUUGUCAUCUGAACCGCACCGACAUGUUGUGUAAACUUUUUAAAUACACUUGAUGUUUUUUUUUCUAAA